GUCUUGAGACUCAUGAGUAGGACGGGGCUGUUUUCAACAUGAAUUUGCUGGAAAAUGAUUUGAAUUAAUAUCCUACCUGCAGUGUUUAGAAAAACAGGACGAGGAGCAUAGAAUACCCCGAUUACUGUACCGCUUGCUUAUUCUGGAGUUUUGCUGGCAACCCUGGAGCCUUGUGGGCUGGAGCGGUGACCCAAGCACAGGAUGGGCAGGGUUGCCAGGGCCCCCGCCUGGCCUGUGUUCAGCUCCCUGACAGCUCAGGGACCACGUGGAGAUUGUGAUUGGUCUCCAGACCACACCUAAUGGUUGAGUGCAGCAGCUGCCUGAAAAUCCCUCAGCUCUGCUGAGAUUGCUGGAGUGCACACAAGACUGUCUUUGGACACCAGACCAGAGGGGAGCCUCGGAGCUGCUGUGGCGGUGGAACCGUGGAAACUUUGCUGAGUCCUCGGCCUCUGGCGCAGAGCGAUGCCGGCCUCGGCCACCAUCCACGUGCUGCAGCUGCUGCGGGAGCUGCUGGCCUUCGUGCUGCUCAGCUACACGGUGCUUAUCGGGGCGCUGCUGCUGGCGGGCUGGACCACCUACUUCCUGGUGCUGAAGUGACAGCGCCCCUGGCUCGGCUCCCCGCCCUCCCUCCUCCGCGGGGCUGGGGACGCUCCCGCCUCGUCGUGCCGGACGUGCACGUCCAGCUCAUCAGACAACUCUGCCUCUGUCCCGGGCCGAGGCUGCCUCUCCAAACACAGCCCCGACCCGGGCUCCAGCUCCCUCGCCCCUCACGGCGUCUGGCGCGACCCACCGCCACCCUU